CACUUCACCCAUCUGUACAAUUGGAGAUCACGAUCUAUUCUUUGGAUACGAGCGCAUAAUCACGACCAUAUUACUAUCUGCCUGGAGGGGUUGCGCGCCGACAAGAUGACGUCCUACGAGGAUAGUGUGACGGGCCAUGCAUACAGCACUUUGAUGCGCCUGGGACUGCCGGCAUACACGAUGCACUUUAAGAGUCCGACGUAUAUGAAGGAAUCCAUGCUGGAGAGACUGGACCGAACAGUAUGUAAGAACAUACUCAAGGCUUCAGCGCAGCAACCCGAAGUCAGAGAAGGUCUCGGUACCGAUGACAAUGUCUGGAAAGAUAUGGUCACCUUAUUCCGCGCCGCCAUUCCUUCGCUUGAACGCCGUUCUUUCGCCGUCUGGGACCCAUCCGCCGUCGAUUACGAAAGUACCUCGGGUGCUCUGAUCGCUCAAAACUACCCUGGAUUAUGGAAAGAUCUGGAAAGAUUGAACGAUUUGGUAUCCAUACUACGAAACACUUUGACGAUUGGAGAAAAGGCUCAGGAUUUGGCUGCUGAAUGCACCUUCGACCAGGAAAUCUUCAGGCUUAUUAAUUGCUGCGUUAGAGUUACGGCAAGAGGGUUUGACGGCGAUGCUGGCACAGGCGACGAGGAAAAGUGGCAAUGGAUCGUGAAUGCAUACAAGAAGCUUCUCAUAACUUCGCUUCAAUUCUUGAACAACUUGGUCGCAAGGAAUGAGAGAAGGAAGCUGAUGCUGUGGGUUGCGCUGUUCGACAACUCGACCGAAGGCAUUCUGGCUGAGGAUGGCGACGAUACCCCUGGUCAAUCUGCGCUGGGUGAGAUGCCCAAGCCACCUGUUUCAACCGGCGACAUUCUGGUUGCGCUCGGUGAGACUAGCAAGGCCACUUAUGACGCUGCUCAAGAUGCCUUGAACGCGAAGCGAUUGCUCGCCAACAGGGAUCAGAUGAAGCCGCCAUCACGACCCGUGUCUGGCUACGUUUUGUUCGUCAGACAACACCAAGCAGAAACCAGGGAAGCCCUUGGCCCCACCGCCACACCGGACAGCGUCGCAAAGGCAUUGGCCGCUAGAUGGAGCAUUCUGUCAGACAAGGAGAAGACGACAUUCAACAAGCAAUAUGAUGCCCUGGCUCAACAGUACGAAAAGGAUCUGGCCGCUUACCAGGAUGCUCGACGUCUCAAUCAGGCCGAAAAGGCACAGUCGGAUAGAGCACAUGCUAAUCAGGUCGCUGCACGUAUCGCACACAUUGAAGAGCAGCUCGGUGAUCGCAUGAGGCCCGAAGGUACCAAAGUCACACCACUAGAACCCCCGGUCUACAACUCAGAUGGAGCCAUUGCAUUCCCUGAUGAAAAGACAUCUACCGGACCCAGACCUGUGGCGGAAGACGACUACAAGAUGAUGUUCACUGCUUCGGCAGGAGCGAAGAUCUUGGAAAGUGGCAAAUCAGAACUCAUGAAACGACUAGAAAGCUAUCCUGUCCCACCUCAACAAGCUCAAAUCGCCAGCCCAGCUUCGCCGAUCGCUUCUCCAGCCUCUCCGGUAUACGACAAUCGAACUGAUGAGGGUGAUGAAGGUCUAGACGAAGAGAGCGAGGAAGAGGAAAGCGAAGACGAGGACGAGUAUCCUGGCUCUAGCGAAGACGGGCGUGGGCUUUUGACCGAUGUUCCUCUGAUUCUGGGUCCGUCAGAGAUAGAAGUUCUGCCGAUGAUUGUCAUGUCUGGCAUUGUUCCACCAGCAAAGUCAACACAAGCCGGCACAUCGACGGAAGAGACAAACGCUAUCGUCAACAUGCAUACAGUCAGGUGUCAUCUACUUCUGGCCCAGGAUAAUGGCAAAAAUCUGUUGAGGGAACUCUUGAUAUUUGUUGCUGCUUGGGACCUGCGAGAAGAAGAGCUCUACUUUAAGUUCAUGGUCAAAAUCAUGGAGGCAAUCCUGGUAAAUGGCUUGAUGCCAUACGCAUAUCAUGCUUUCAGGGACAAGUCCAGAUCAAAGGAUAUCAUCUCACCGGCUCAAGCAGUCAUCAUGAAGUUACUCACAAACAUUUUCAGAUCCAGGGCAGAGGCGUCCAAGACCAAUCCUCAGCCUAUUGAGUCAUAUCCGCUGAGAGUUGAUGUUCACAUUGUUAACUUCAUUUUCACUGAGUUCCGUCAGCAUAUUAUCCCGCAGACCUGUGCUCUUAUCUUCCUGCAAGGCAAGAUCCACCAGAAUCUCGCAUCGCCUGAAGACUUCCCGCUCAAUCUGUGGGAUAUGGAGCGCAUGUACGAAGGUGUUUAUCAAUAUCUGGAGUUCUUCGCCGUGCUCACCGAAGAGAGCAUUUGGAAGGAUGUCAUGGCACAGUGGGAAGUCGCGAGCGAGCUAGUGACGCUACUCAAGGAAUUGGAAGCUGCGAUCCCUAAACUUGGUCCUGGAGGCACAUCGCACGUGCCUGGUCCCAGACGUCCGGCUCAUCAACAAAACCCUCAUGGGCCUGGAAACCUCCCACCGAGUGGGCCUCCGAUGGGCAACUACCCGCAGCCGACCCCUGGCUCUAUCAAUCCUCAACAGUAUCAACCACCCUAUGCUCAAGCUAGUCAACAACACCAACCGCCUGGACCACCGCCGAGCCUCAAGCCCUUACCUAUAAGCGUGGAAAGACCAUUUGACCUGUCUCCGGACUUGGCUAACACGCUUCCGCCACUACCCAUUCCGCCGACGGACACCAACACUCAGCCUCCCAACACCACUAUUUUCGAGGCCGAGACCCCUUUGGCAUACCCAGAGGAUCCACAAGACGAGCCGUCCGACUUUGAAUGGCGCAACCUCAAGAAGUUGACUGUACUUGUGCUCUCUUCUUUGAUCUGGAAGAACCGCAAAGUCCAGGAUCAGGUCCGCGAGUAUGGGGGCUUGGAAGCGCUCGUAGGCUGCUGCCGCCACGACGAGCACAAUCCUUACAUCCGCGAACACGCCAUCAUGUGCCUUCGCUUUGCUGUCGAGAACAACGAGGACAACCAGGCAGUGAUCAAGAACAUGGCCGGUAUGGCAGCAGCGGGCGAGACACGUAUGCCCACAUACGCUGAGAUCCCGCACGGCAAGCUCACGCAUCCUGAUCAGUUGAUCCCUUUCCAAGUACCCCCCGUGCCGCAGGAGGUGCUUGAUACCAAUGGCUACGAGACAUUUAUGGACACCAAGGGCCAGGUCGGGCUUAGAAGAAAAGACCUGGGACAGCCGUCUUCAGGACCUCAAAGGCCCAGAACACAGGUCAAAAUGACUGCGGAAAAGGCCGCAGAGCUCAUGCAGACCGCACUGCGCGAUCUGCCGCUCGGCGACAAGAUACUCUUGGACAAGGAAAAGAAGGAAGCACUCGCCAAAUUGGACAGGGCUUUCAGCUAGAGGCGAUUACCCUGGCUUCCGCCCAGAGGAGGAUCAACGAGGCUUUCGGUCAGACAUGGAUUUUGCGGCUAGGAGCGCGAAGUCGCCGUCAUGCUCGGUGACAAGAGUUGGGUGAACAAAAGAGCACUUCCCAAAUUGCACAGGGCUUUCAGCUAGAAGUACUAUCCCUGGGUUACGCCUAUGACAUGGUCAUCGCGCCUCGAUAGACAUGGUUAUGGCUGCUGGAACCGCGAGAUCGCCCUCUCCAAUGCGUCCUACUUUGCGUCCAGAAUUUGGACAAGAUGACUUGUGGAUUCACGGAUAUAGGUUCAUACGUUACGUUUAUGAAAAACCAUUCAUUCCAUCAUUCAUAGUCGCAUUUGUAAACUGUGAAGGUGACUGAAAAUGAUUGAGUUUUACAAUCGGAUGACAUUAGGUAUAUGGUUUCACUACUAGAGUACACGCACGAC